AUGACGGAUAAUAUCCGAAAUGAACUUCAGAAAAAAGAGAUGUCUAAAUUAUUGAACGAUGAAAAUAGGAUUGUCGUUAAUAAUAAUUUUAUUGAAACUCCCGAAAAGGUAGUGAUCAGAUCUGAUCAUACCGAAAUAAGUGAUAAAAUUGAUAGGGAUCAAUUUAUGGAAAGUGAAAUCGAUGGAUUAAAAAAGAUCGAUCUUGCUAUACCUAUUUUGGUUAGAAAAUAUGGUAUAAUUUUUGAAGAAAAAUUAGGACGUUUAAAUGAUUAUCAAGUAGACGUUAAACUUAAAGAGGGUUUUUCACCCAUCUUUUUGGCUUGCCGAAGAGUUCCGUGGAAAAGAUUAUUUGCCUUUUGUAGGCUACCGUUUGGAUUAAGUGUGUCAACGCCGAUAUUUCAGCAUACUAUGGCAUCAGUUUUCCAGGGCCUUGAAGGAGUUUAUUAUUAUAUGGAUGAUGUGUUGGUGACUGGUAUAACACCAGAGCAACAUAAUCAACGUUUGGAAGAGGUUUUCAAGCGAAUUCGUGAUAAGGGUCUGAGGGCCAGCAAAGAAAAGAGUGUUCUUGGGGUAACGCAAAUUAUCUACUUAGGACAUCGGAUAAAUGGAAUGGAGAAAAAUGCUUUUGAGAUCUUAAAGGAAAAAAUUGGUAAGGAACCGAUUUUAGUAUGUUUUAACAAUGAUUUAGAGAUCAUAUUGGCGGUUGAUGCAUCCAACAAGGGGGUUGGAGGUGCAUUGUUACAUUUAAUGGAUGGUGUAGAAAGACCCAUCAUAUUUUUUUCGAGAGUUUUCAGGGAAGUGGAAACUAGAUAUUCGGUUCUUGAACAAGAAGCCCUAGCGGUUAUCUUUGGAUUAACCAAAUGUCGUGAAUAUUUGAUCGGUAAAAGAUUUAUAAUUUACACGGAUCAUAAGCCGUUAAUUCAUUUAUUUAAGAAGGAUAAUAAAGAGUUAAUGCUAUCUCCCCGGUUGCAACGUUGGUUGUUAUGGGAAGGUGGUCCUACGAAUUGGGAGGAUCUUAAAAGCAAUACCUUAAGGGAUAAGGAAUUGGGUCGAGUAAAAUUAUUUUUGACGGGACAAGAACCGUGGAAAAACAGUAGUAAAAAAAUUGAAAAGGAAUUGUCCGUAGUGUAUGAUUGUUUGAUGCGGGAUAAUAGAGCCGUGAUUCCGUUGAAAUUACGGAGUAAAAUUGUACGAUUGUUGCAUGCAGGACAUCAGGGUCGAGAUAAGAUGAAAUCUUGGGCUCGUAAGUAUGUAUGGUGGCCUGGAAUGAGCAAUGAUAUUGAAAAAAUUACGAGGAGUUGUAUUCCAUGUAAUUCGUGUGCCGCUAUGCCCCGGAAGGAAAUAGGCAGUUAUUGGCCGAAGCCUGAAAAGCCGUGA